GCUCUCAUAUACCUCCCAAUAGCGCCCGAUAUAGACGACCCCGAAAUGGAGGGCCCGACAGCUGUAACCCCCACUCCUCGCACGGAAACACCGACAAAGUCGCGAAGAUCUAAGACUAUAGACAUCGAUCUGAAGGAAGCGCCGAAAGACGAGGCUCAUCCACUGCUGUCUGGUUCUGGUAAACAACAGAACCGAUCAGUUGGCGGUUCGGCCGAUAAGUCACUGCUCGCCAAAUCCAAAGUCCAGCGCCCGAGUGGUAAGCGAUCGGCCAAUGGAUCCACAGAUUUGAUUCCCAGUAAAAGAAGUAAAACGAAGAAAUCAAACACAGACAGAGCUUUCCUGACAGCCGUCGACUCGACAGAC